GUUUCAGCAUGUUGGCCAGGCUGGUCUCAAACUCAUGAUCUCAGCUGAUCCACCUGCCUCGGCCUCCCAAAGUGCUGGGAUUACAGGCGUGAGUCACCGCACCUAUCUUCCUUGGACUUUUCAUCCACCACCGUGUCUACCUCAGGCUCUGAGUCAAAGCCAUCCAGGUAGACAAGCCAAGGGCCACCUACCUGCCCCACACCUGCUCAGUGCCAUGUCACCUCAAAGAUGGACAGCUCUGGGCUCCGGAAGCCCUUCAGCCACUGCAAGGGGCAGGAGGGGAUCCUCAGGCCCUUAGGACCCGUCUGUCUGCCCCACUGCCCACAGCCUCACCAGGGGCCUGAAGACUGCCCUGUCCUUGAUGGGGCUGUGAUGUGAUGGGGCUGCAGCCUCAGCUCACGUGGCUGGGGCUGGGUAUCCACCCUCCCAGCACCCAUAGGCCCCAGCUGAGGUGGCUGUCACUCAGGAUGGGGUUGGACAGGCCAUCAGGAGGCCCCGGGGCUCCAAGGCCCCCUAAGCUCCCCCUUCUCAGCCAGAAGCCUUGAAACCACCACUGUGGGACCCUGGAAAAGACUCGACCUCCCCGCUUCCCAAUUCCCUCGUCCUUAAAAGGGUGUCAUGAUGACGGAGAGACCCAGAGCCGACACCUCCAUCCAGGGACCUCUCCCCUACCUCAUCACCCACGGAGAUGGGACAGCCCUUCCUGUGUGUACAGCGGGCCCACGGCCAUCACACUGCCCUCUGGAGUGAACUGACUGCCCCGAGGCCUGGGGAGCUGGGUCACCACCUGGCUUCCGCCGUUCACCCUGCCCACUACAAAAACGACCUCCUACCCUCAAACCGGCUCCCAACCCCCAUGCACAGGAACCCAGUCCUCUUGGGCCCCGGCUCCGCCCAGCAGGGGGCGCCCAGGAGUCUCAGACUCGGGGUAACGAAAGCCGGGAGCGCCGUGCGGAUAGCAGGCAGGUUGACUGGAAGCCGCGGGCUCGUGCUGAACAGCUCUGAGGCCGUCCAGAGGCCCGUGCACCACCCGGCAUUUGUCCAGCUCCAGCUGUCAUCUGCAGAGUCCCGGAGCCGCGCCCUAACGAACUCUCACUGCCCCUGGUCCGGGCACGCUUCUCCGGGAUUCCAGAGCCCUAUCGGUCCCUAUCUGCGGCCGUGCCGCGCGGAACCCUGCCGGGAGCCCCUACAGAGGUGCCAAAUACACAAAGGCGAGCUGGUGGGGAGGCGCACCAUGACGGACUGCGCGGGGACCUGCGCGUCACCCCCACCGCGCCCCAGUGGUGCCUUGGUGCUCGCGUCCUGGCUGGACCCUCCUAGCUGCGAGAGUGCACGUGCAGUGUGACCGACCCAGGCACCUGGGAAUCCAUCAGCUGUCGUCCAAUCCCUUAAUUACCUUGAUUGAGCACCUACUGUGGCCAAGAAUUGAUUUAUUUAUUUAUUUAUAUUUAUUUAUUAUUAUGUAUUUAUUUAUUUGAGACGGAGUACCACCCUGUCACC